ACAACAGCACCUACCACAUUCACCAGUUGUUUACCACAAACACACAUUCACAGCAAAAGAUUCUACCGCGUUCUCAACUUUCCAUCUUCAUUCGCAUCACAAAAGGUAAGUUGAGAUGGCUUGACCUUUCCCACGACACAUGCCACUCAACAUGGGGUCACACGAUCUUGGCAACGGCCAAGGGGCAUUCCAGAUCUAUCUAGACGCUGAAGGAAGGGGUGUAGCUGAAGAGCAUACUCGCGACGCUCGGCCAUCUCCAGCCCCGAACGACGACCCCUUCGUUGGUGUUGAUGAUCCUCAGGACAACACAAAUGCGGCAUCAUCAAACAAGGCACCCAAGCAGCCCCGGAAAGCACGAACUCCCAAACAAGGCAUCGUGGACGCUGGCCCAAGAGAAUUCAAAGAGAUCAUGAUACAAUAUCGCCUUGAUCACUGGAGAGCAAGGGCUCAGAUCGUCCAUACCAAGAGUCAGCGUGAUCUGACAGCUUUCUGGAGCCCACAAUGGGCUGGCUUCGAGGUUGCCGAUAGAGGGAUGAACAUAUUCGAUGGCUUCGAUCGAAUGUGGUUUGUCCCCUUCGACAUAAUGACACCUCUGCCUGCAGAAAAGCAGGAGAUAGCAGAUGACCUCCAGAAACGACGCCUUGAACUGGAUGCUGCAUACCGCAUCAAGGUCGCCAGAGACAAGAACUUUGAAACGAAACUGCUGCACUUGAUCGAAGAAGAGGUUGAGGAAACGUGCCAGGCGCUGUGGGAGCCCAAUGCUCACGAUCCAAACCGGGAGCCAGUAAGAUGGAAUGACGUCCGAGCACGCUUUCAACUUACUCACUUGGUCACCAUGAUAGCUCAAGCUCGCUUGGCUGAUGGCAAAGAACAACUACCGGGUUAUUAUCAAGUCAAAGUCCUCGAAUUAGGGGUCGACGGUAAGAUUACUUACCAGCGUGUCAGUCUACCCAGCGACGUCAACAUGAAGGGAAUGCUUUCGCGAAUGAAAAACAGGUUUCCUCCCGAUGGUGAACAGGGCCAACAUACUAUAAACGUCUUCAAAGACAGACUCGAGACUAUCUACAAUCGCGGAGAUGAAGCACAGAAAAAGAAAGCCCAAGGCCUAUAUCGCCAGCUGAACGACUUGGUGCUGGCAGACAAACCUAACAGCGAGAGAUAUUCAUGGGUAUUCAAAUUGAGGACCAGCGCCAAUUUCUUCAUCCCCGCCGGCAAGUUACCAGACCGUCUUCAUACAUGGACACAGCUGAAGGAAACCACCUACCAAGAGCUACUGGAAGGCGUGCGAGCAAAGAAACACCCGGUUUUUAUUCGACCCUGGAAGAUUCGACUUCGCCGGUGGUGGCCUAUAGUAGAUGAGCUGCUGAACCAAGCUGAAGUUGUCUUUGGUGAAGCCGGACUGUCAUCCCAACAGCUUGAUAUUGUGGAUGAACUCCUCGCCAGCCGAACCUAGGAAGAAAUACAGCAAGCAGCGAAAACUAAACAAGCGCUAGAUAAGGCGAAGCUUGCGACUAUUGGAGUCGAUUGUUUGAGUAUGAACAAUAAUGCGUGAUGUGAAGAUAAAGGAACAAGAGUAACGAGUUUUGGCCGUUUUGACAACAGCUCAUGGAACGAGAAGGGGUGGAACUUGCUUGCUUAUGGAUGAGUCGCUGUCGUGACGAUGAAUUGUUUACACAUGCAGUUGAAGGAUGAAAUUGUGCAGUGGACGUGUGAUUCUAUACGCAUGCGAGCAUCCAAUAUGAACGAGCCCUUUGUUUAGUUUAGCAAGUCCACACAAGAAUAAAUAAAUAUAUUAUAAGAUAAUAC